CGCAGCUGAUCCCUUUCGCUUUCCUUUCAAGGUGGCCGAGAAAAUAAAAUGCCCAUCCUGAUCUCCAAGAUCUUUAAGGGGCUGGCUGCUGAUCAGACAGAGGCGCUGUACGUGGGAGACGCCAUUCUCUCCGUCAACGGGGCCGACCUUUCGGAGGCGACGCACGAUGAGGCCGUGCAGGCGCUCAAAAAGACGGGCAAGGAGGUGGUCUUGGAGGUGAAGUACAUGAAGGAGAUCUCGCCGUAUUUCAAGAACUCCUCGUCCGGGGCCACCGUCAGCUGGGACCCCGCGCCCGCUGCCUCCCUUCAGAAGCAGGCCUCGCCCAUCCUGUCCCUGAGAGACCUCAAGGAAGGGAAGAACGUGCCCCUGAAAAUGUGCUACCUGGCACGGAAGUGUCUCCCCAGCGACCCC